AUGGAGUUCCGGGUUGUUGAUCCGCGGUUUCGGUGCUUGGCCCUCAUUGUCCAGCUUGCGUUGCUGGCAGCUAUCGCUGCAUAUGUGGUGUAUCAAGUCACACUUGUGAUGGUGUCAGAACCUCCGACCAGCAUCACUUGGGACCCGUGGAAUGUUGGCGCUGGAAAGUGGGCCAUAUGCAGCGCAAUAGGUGGUGAGCUGACCGAGGCAGGCAUUGGCGUUAAAACUGGUCCAACUAAGCAUCUGGACGGCUGGAAGCUCUCCGCAGAGGAUCUUCUCAUCGAUGGCAACCAACGAAAAUGUUCUGUUGUCGAUUUAUCAGAAUGGGAUGUGCCAGACAGACCAACAGGUUUCAAUCUCUGCUGCGGAGGGCUUUUCAGUUGCGAUGUGUUUACGUGGACUGGGAGUCGAUGGCAGUAUUUUUGGAGUUUGUCCAAUAGCGGUAUUCAGUAUCUCUCUAUGUCACUGUCAAAUCGGAUGAACCAGAAUGGCUCCACGACGACCUUCAUAUCACGAAACUUCCUAGAUUCUUGGCAAACAGCGCCAACUCAAAAACAUGAUGAUUGUCAAGUUCUUUCGCGCUUCACAUCAGCUGAGCCGGGUUACGCCAUCAUGCGAAUAGAAAUCGCCGACCUCUUCGUCACGAAUGUGCGCGAGCUGAGCGUGCAGCAACAGAUGUGGGACAUACUUGGCAAGGUGGGCGGCUACCUGACCAUCGCGGCAAUGCUGUUCAACUUUGUCUUUGUCAAAAAGUACCCUAACAUGGCCUUUGCGCAAGCCUAUGAAGCACGGACAUUGAUUACUGAGCGAAUCGGCAGCUCGCAGUCUCAGGCGGACGAGGAGGCAACCUUACCUUCCAGGAUUGCACCGCCUGGCACGUUCGGCAGGGGCACGGAAUAA